UAAACCCCAUCCUUGCCCACUUCAUUUUCUCACACCUCACUCUUCUCUUCCGUCUACCUUCAAACUACUACCCCACCUUCCGCCAUCUCGUUUUCUCUGUUUUCACUGCCUUCCUUUCCACAAACAGUUUGUGGGAAAUACGGAAGAGAUUGUAAGAGAAGCAAAGAAAAUGCGGUUUCUUCUCGUUCUGUUUUUUCUCGUCCACUUGCAUUUCCGCCACUUAGCCGCCGGUGAAGGGCGGAGCAUACCGGAAUACCGUGCUUUGCUGUCUGUAAAGGCGGCUUUUACUGAUGAAUCUCAGGCAUCUCUUGCCUCCUGGCUUGCCUCCACUUCCCACUGCGAGUGGCAGGGCGUCACGUGCGACUCUCUCCGUCGCGUGACCUCCCUCGAUAUCUCCGGUCUCAACCUGUCCGGCGUUCUCUCUUCUGAUAUUAGCCACCUCCGGUUCCUUCGCAGACUCUCUGUUGAUUCCAACCAACUUUCCGGUCCGGUUCCUCCGGCAAUAUCCACAAUUCCUAAUCUCCGUUACAUGAACCUUUCGAAUAACAUCUUUAAUGAGACAUUCCCCCCUCAACUUAUCCAUCUCCGCAAUCUCCAGGUUCUCGACCUCUACAACAACAACUUGACCGGAGAGCUCCCAGUUGAUGUCUAUCAGAUGCCGAACUUGCGACACCUUCACCUUGGAGGCAACUUCUUCACCGGUCGCAUCCCGCCGGAGUACGGAAGGUUCCAAAUGCUGGAGUAUCUUGCCGUUUCUGGAAAUGAGCUGGUCGGCGUGAUUCCUCCGGAGAUUGGCAACCUUACGAAACUUCAAGAGCUUUAUAUUGGCUACUACAACGCCUUUUCCGGGGGAAUUCCCCCGGAAAUAGGGAACUUAUCUCGGCUUACCCGCUUGGAUGCUGCUAACUGCGGACUCACAGGUGAGCUUCCUCCAGAAUUAGGGAAGUUGCAAAGCCUGGACACGUUAUUUCUGCAAGUGAACAGUCUUACCGGCUCGUUACUACCAGAGCUAGGUUACUUGAAUAACUUGAAAUCCAUGGAUCUGUCGAAUAAUAUGUUCUCUGGUGAAAUACCAUCCACAUUCGCAGAGCUUAAGAAUCUCACUCUUAUGAACCUCUUCCGGAAUAAACUUCACGGAUCAAUACCGGACUUCAUAGGUGAUUUGCCGCAGUUGGAGGUUCUUCAGCUAUGGGAAAACAAUUUCACUGGAAGCAUUCCCCAGCAAUUGGGUAAAAACGGCAAGCUUCAGCUGCUCGACCUCAGUUCCAAUAAAUUGACCGGGAAUUUGCCCCCAAAUUUGUGUACCGGAAACAAGCUGCAGACCCUAAUUACUCUUGGAAACUUCUUGUUUGGUCCGAUUCCAGAAUCUCUCGGCCGUUGUGGAUCACUGAGUCGCAUCCGUAUGGGGGAUAAUUAUCUCAAUGGUUCAAUCCCGAAUGGGCUCACGAGCUUGCCCAAUCUAUCACAAAUUGAACUGCAAGACAAUCUCCUCACGGGCUCAUUCCCAGAGACUGUUACGGUAUCUCCCAAUUUAGGGCAGAUCAGCCUCUCGAACAAUCAUUUGACCGGACCAUUGCCUACGAGCAUUGGAAAUUUCGUUGGCGUCCAGAAGCUUCUUCUCGAUGGGAACAGAUUUUCCGGUCACAUUCCGGCUGCAAUCGGGAAACUGCACCAGUUAUCUAAGAUGGAUCUCAGCCAUAACACCCUAUCAGGAGCCAUCGCACCAGAGAUAAGCCAAUGCAAAUUGCUGGCAUUUGUUGAUCUCAGCCGGAACCAGCUUUCUGGUGAAAUUCCAACUGAAAUCACAGGUAUGAGGAUAUUAAACUACUUGAACCUGUCUAAGAAUUACUUAAGCGGAAGCAUUCCAUCUGCGAUUGCCUCUAUGCAAAGUUUAACAUCAGUCGACUUUUCAUACAACAAUUUAUCGGGAUUGGUUCCUGGAACGGGCCAAUUCAGUUAUUUCAAUUACACUUCAUUCAUAGGCAACCAGGAUCUCUGUGGCCCGUAUUUGGGACCUUGCAAACCAGGUAUAGCUGACGGGUCCCAUCAGCCCCGUCCCAAAGAGGGAUUAUCAUCUUCCCUGAAGCUUCUACUAGUGAUUGGGCUCCUUGUCUGUUCUAUAGUAUUUGCUAUUGCAGCAAUCAUAAAAGCACGUUCUCUAAAAAAGGCCAGUGAUGCUCGUUCAUGGAAGCUCACUGCAUUCCAGCGCUUAGAUUUCACAUGUGAUGAUGUUCUUGAUUGCUUGAAGGAAGACAACAUUAUCGGAAAAGGAGGCGCAGGUAUUGUUUAUAAAGGAGUGAUGCCACAUGGGGAGCAAGUUGCCGUGAAAAGAUUGCCAGUUAUGAGCCGUGGGUCUUCACAUGAUCAUGGGUUUAAUGCCGAAAUCCAGACCCUCGGGAGGAUCAGGCAUAGACAUAUCGUGAGGUUGUUAGGUUUUUGCUCAAACCAUGAAACUAAUCUUUUGGUUUAUGAAUAUAUGCCAAAUGGGAGCUUAGGUGAAAUGAUUCAUGGGAAGAAAGGUGGUCAUUUGCAUUGGGACACAAGGUAUAAGAUAGCUGUUGAGGCUGCUAAGGGACUGUGUUAUCUCCAUCACGAUUGCUCUCCAUUGAUCCUUCACCGUGAUGUGAAAUCAAACAACAUUCUUCUUGACUCGAAUUUCGAAGCUCAUGUCGCUGAUUUUGGACUUGCCAAGUUCAUGCAAGAUUCUGGAACGUCCGAAUGCAUGUCUGCAAUUGCUGGUUCGUAUGGAUACAUUGCCCCAGAGUAUGCAUAUACACUGAAGGUUGAUGAGAAGAGUGAUGUCUACAGCUUUGGGGUGGUGCUAUUAGAACUGAUAUGUGGGAAGAAGCCAGUUGGAGAGUUCGGGGAUGGGGUUGAUAUUGUCCAAUGGGUUAGAAAUAUAACAGGUGGGAUAAAGGAAGAGGUGGUUAUGAUUCUUGAUCCGAGACUGUCCACAGUCCCCUUACACGAGGCGAUGCAUGUGUUCUAUGUAGCAAUGCUAUGUGUGGAAGAGCAAGCUGUUGAGCGCCCGAAGAUGCGGGAGGUCGUGCAGAUGUUGACCGAGCUGCCGAAGCCACCGGGCAGUAAAACGGAUGAUUCCACUGUUACCGAUUCCCCACCACUCUCUGUUACCAGUCCGAGCGACACGAAGGACUAUGCGCUGGCCCCACCACAGCCUCAUUCCCCACCUCCUGAUCUUCUCAGCAUCUAGAAUUGCUGCCCAGUUUAUUGAGUGUGGAUGGCAACAAUGCUCACUUUUCUCUAGAUUAUUAUUUUUCUUUUAGUAGAUUUGCUUAAUGUGCUACUCUAGUUAUGGCUUAUCAUAUUGGUGAUCUUUUUUUUUUUUGUGGGGAGUGGGUAUUCAAAUUCAAGUUUUUAGUUUAGGGUUCCAGUUUUUUCUUUUGUGCAAUAUGAAAUGUACAGCUGGACUGGUGGUAGUUUUAAAAUGGUGUUUAUUUUAAAUUUUCAUCUCUUAUUCUUGCAAACAUCCUUCUG